GCAUAGAUCUUGCCAAGGCACAGAAGGGGACGAUAGUUGUGGUGUGAAAUCAAGGCAAUCUACCAUCAAACCCACAAAAUUCCUACCACUUGAAGAUAAAAUUGUCGAUACUUUUGGCGAGGGGUGUGAGUUGUUGUAUUGGUUAAUGAAUUAUGAUGAUGCAAAGUAUGAUACAACAUCAGUACUUCUAAAGGCCUCAAUGUUUAAUUUUGAUAGCGACAAACAGAUUUGGGUAACCGCUACCGAUGUAUUUAGUAGACAACUUCAUCGACCUUUUCAACAGGACUGAGAUCACAUUCUUUUGUCCUCAACUCAUUUUAGAAUCUUCAAUUCAGAAUGAUUACCUUGAAACUUAUACAUAUGUGAAGAAUACAUUUUUGCAUGAAGUAAGAAAGACGGGUAAACGUUGCAAAUUCAUCGUGGCUCCAUAUGUUGCAAGUGGUCAUUGGGUUCUUGUGGUGGUCGAUCUAAAAUUAGGUUUAGCUUAUGAGUUUGACUCUAUGAAGCUACCUAAAGAAAAACCACGACAAUUGAAAAUUGCCGAAAUUAUGAUGACGACUUAUAAAGUAUAUCGGGCGAAUCUCACAGGGAGUGAAUUUAAAUCACAUAGGCAAAAAUUGAAAUUCAUACAAAUGGAGUGUUCUCAACAAGGGGGAGUUGAAUGUGGCUACUACAUUAUGAGAUACAUGUAUGAGAUUGUUACUUCUCACUUGGAGUGCAAAGGUGUCUUAGAGGAGAUGGGAAAGAUAGAAGUCCAUUAG